GCUUGCUCCAGCUCGCGCUGACAAAAACAGAGGCAGAGGAAGGAAGCGACGACAUCAAACCAGCUCGGAGCUCAUCUCUAUGCGUUAGUGUUUCGCUAAGAAGCUGCCAGCACCGCGGACACGGAUAGUUUAAUACGUUGUUUUUAGCUUUUAUAUCGCUGCUUCGAAACAGACGCUACCUCCGGUUUCACCUACUGCCAGCUGACCGACUUUGGCGCAACAUGCCUUCAGAAAAAACCUUCAAACAAAGAAGGACAUUCGAACAGCGAGUAGAAGAUGUCAGACUGAUCCGGGAGCAGCACCCCAACAAGAUACCUGUGAUCAUUGAGAGAUAUAAAGGAGAAAAGCAGCUCCCCGUACUGGACAAGACCAAGUUCCUGGUGCCAGACCACGUCAACAUGAGUGAACUCAUCAAGAUCAUCAGGAGGCGCCUCCAGCUAAACUCCAACCAGGCUUUCUUCCUGCUGGUUAACGGUCACAGUAUGGUGUCUGUGUCGGCCGCCAUCUCUGAGGUGUACGAGCGAGAGCGCGACCAAGAUGGCUUCCUCUACAUGGUAUACGCCUCCCAGGAAACCUUCGGUGCUGCCACAACUGCCCAGUGAACAACCUUCCUUCAUCCCUCCGUUUCUUCUUCCACUGGACCCGGCGACUGGACAGUUGUAGUUUUUAGUUUCCCCGUCCCCCCUUUCAUGUCUCUUGUCACAUUCUUUUGAGUAUUAACUGUAAGAACUAAAACACAGACACAAACUGCUAAAUCUAAACACAGCGUCUGAUCGUCUGUCAGCUCAUUUUGGUCCUGGUUAUUUGUCUGUGUGCCGCCACUCUCAGCCUGUAGCAUAAAGCCGCAAGGGGUGACCAGAAACAGCAGAGUUUAGGUAGAGAAAUCCCCACCCCACCUAAAAUGUAACCGACUCAGGCCAAUAAGAGUAUAAAUAUAUCUGGAUAAAUCCUGUCCUCUGGCAUUUACGUGUUGAUGGCAUUUUCAGUUUCCAGUGUUGUGGCUACACGUCUCCUAGGCUGUAUUUAUGUUAAUGUAUAUAUAAAUUUCAGGUAGUGAUGUUACAUAAAAAGGUGGUGAGGCUCACCACUUAUCUGUGUCUCUAUAUAUACAUUAGACAAUGAACAAAGCCAGCCUUCUGUUGCAGUUAGAAGAUAAAGCUUGGGGAUUUCUUUUGCCAGAGAGAUUUGAGAAUUAAGAAGAGAAGAUCCUUAAGCGUCACGUGUCGUCACAUUCCCUUCAGGGUCCUCCUUCUUUGCCGUUUUUACACCUCCCUGCAUUUUGUAGUCUGAAGCAUCCUCGCUGUAUGAUGUUAGGAAACUGCUUUGCUCUUGAAACAGAUGAUUGUAGUCCACCAAAAAGAGAAAAAGAAAAAAAAGAUGCCUUGGUGUACAGAUAUUGUUGACUUUGAAUAUAAAAGGGGUUCCGAUGUGAGUGUAACCAAGUUGAUUUUUGGACACACUAUGAGGAGCGUGGUCUGAUUGCACAAGUUAAUGGAGGAUUGAUGGUGUUGCUGGAAGAAAAAAAAAUGCAGAUAAGGGGAGGAGUUUGCCAUGUCCUCAUCCUUUUUUCUUUUUUUUUUUAAAUUCAUUUUUUUUUUUUUUUU